GGCUUCCCAGCGUCGUUAGCGCCUGCGGAGAGGCUGCACGCCCGGGUGACUGCGAAGGGCUGCUCCGACUAUGGCUGUCACGGCGGUGUCCUCGCGGGUGUGGCUGGGCAUGUGGGGUGUUAGGGCCCUGCAAACCCGAGGCUUCGGCUCCGAACGGUCAGAGGACCCGGGCUCCGCGGGCUCGAUCCGGGAGGCAGGUGGGGCCUUCGGAAAGAAAGAGCAAGCUGAAGAGGAACGAUACUUCCGAGCACGCACUAGAGAACAACUGGCAGCCUUGAAGAAACACCAUGAAGAUGAGAUCGGUCAUCAUAUAAAGGAGAUUGAGCGUCUGCAGAAAGAAAUUGAGCGGCACAAGAAGAAAAUCAAAAAUCUAAAAUCUGAUGAUGAUUAAAUGCACACAGUUCCCAUAGAAUGGCUACAUAUCAUCACCCACUUCUGUGGAAACAUAGUUCUGGUUUUAUUAUCUGUCUGUGUGCUGCCAACAGAUUAUAAUAAAUCGUCGUCAGUGAA